AUGCCUUUGGGGGUUCGCAAGGACAGGCCUUGUGGGUGCGUUGCUGACACGCACAACGGCCAUUCCUGGGGUAACCGUGGCAUUGAGCCUGGUGGGUGUCGCUCGUGUUCGAAAAGGGAUUCAUGGUGCCGACCGCAAUCCCAAGAGCAGCCGAGCCCCGAGCCAAGCAAAAGCAUUGCUUGGUGCAGGUGCAAGGCGUCGGCCCUGGUCGUGACAGCAGGACUCUUUUCAGCGCCCACAAGAAGCGCCCUGUCCUCGCAAGCGUCGGCGUGGGAGGACGACCCCCUGGCGGCGUUUGGCAGAAUGCUGUUCCAGCAAAAGGCUUUUAGCUGGGGCUUCCAAGACAAGUGA